AUGGACUCUCUUGUCGCAAAAUACAGCCGGCCGGCGUACCAGCAGAAUGAGCCCUUUGAGGACCAGGACGAGCUGGUGAAUCCCAUGGCCGACCUCUCCAUCAAGUUUGCCAUGCCUCCCGUUGCUCAGCCCUCAUCAUGGCUCCGAGCUGCCACCGAUGACCGAUCCAACCCCGACUGCCCCAUCAAGAUCGCCCACGGAACCACGACCCUGGCGUUCCGCUUCCAGGGCGGCAUCAUCGUCGCUACCGACUCGCGAGCCACGGCCGGCAACUGGAUCGCCUCGCAGACUGUCAAGAAGGUGAUUGAGAUCAACAGCGUCCUCCUGGGCACCAUGGCCGGUGGCGCCGCCGACUGCCAGUACUGGCUCGCCUGGCUGGGCAUGCAGUGCCGCCUGCACGAGCUCCGACACAAGCGCCGCAUCAGCGUGGCCGCCGCCAGCAAGAUUCUCGCCAACCUCGUCUACAGCUACAAGGGCAUGGGCCUCAGCAUGGGCACCAUGUGCGCCGGUGUCACCAAGGAGGAGGGUCCCGCCCUCUACUACGUCGACAGCGACGGCACCCGCCUCGCCGGCAACCUCUUCUGUGUCGGUUCCGGCCAGACCUUUGCCUACGGUGUGCUCGACGCCGAGUACCGCUACGACCUGACGGAUGAGGAGGCCCUCGAGCUUGGCAGGCGAAGUAUCCUGGCCGCCACCCACCGAGACGCCUACUCUGGUGGCUUCAUCAACUUGUACCACGUCAAGGAGGAGGGCUGGGUCAAGCACGGCUUCAACGACACCAACCCCAUCUUCUGGAAGACCAAGCUGGAGAAGGGCGAGUUCACCAAUGUGACGAGCGAGCUGGAAUAG